GCCUUGAGCGACAGCAGGCGCAACCACUGGCAUCGCGGGGAGGGCAACUACCAGGCCAAUGGCGGCCUCCUUCUCCGCUCCCCCCGCCCCCGAGAGCCAAAAUAGGCCGAACGUGUGAGCCCCCGCUUCCGUGUCCUGGGAAGCUGGUUAAAGCGCUGUGGAAUUCCCCGUUUGUCGGCUCCGCUUAAGCGCGGCGCCAGGGCAGGAAAGUCCCGCGGAGGCCAAAAUGAGGAGCGCCCCGUCGGCGGGUGCCCUGCGCGAAGUUUUGCAAGACUACCUGGCUUUCUACCGUGCCAACUGGGCGGAAGGGAAACUUCGCCUUUGCGACGAAGCGCCGCUGAAAAGCCGAGCCGGGCGCCUGCGGGUCUCGGACGCGGGCAAGUGGGACGCGGGCACGAUCGCGGAGAGCUGCUGGAUGAUGCGCGGCCAGCGCGAGGCAGGCACCGUCUUCCAAGAGCUGAGCCAGGCCUUCGGCUACCUGGAACUGCUGUGUGUCAACCUUUUCCUCUCGCCCUGGAGGAAGGAAAUCAAGUCGCUGAAGACUUUUACAGGAAACUUUGUAUACUAUAUAAAGUCUGUUCUUCCAGAAAGUGUAAUAGAACAACUGCUGUCAGAAAUUGGCUAUGUUGCCACCACUGCCACUGAAUAUUCACUGGUCAGAAAACUAAAUGCGGAAGAAGCAGAACACACUGCAUUUGAAAUAUUCCUUGCAAGAAUUGAAUGCGAAGACCUUCUUGAAAUUGCAGGGGACAUGAAAGACAGUAACCUGGCUGAUAUUCUACAGAAGAGGGCCCAAAAACAUUGUCUUCCUUGCGUUGACCUAGAUAAAAAGCAGGAAAUCUCACAAAGAAAAGAUUAUGUGAUAACUGGAGAAAGCAACGGGACACCAAAUCCUGGAAUGGCAUACUUGAGCCACAGCCAACGUGCCUUCAAUGAGCAGGAAAAGAUGGAGCACGGAAAUGACAUUGGUCUCCGAUGCACUGCAACAGAGACUCGGCCAGCUGCUUCCAAACAGAUUCCUGAUCAGGACAUGAACCAAAACCAAACAGGGGAAACCUCAACACACUCCUGCAUCAAAAGCAUGGACAGUGAGGACUUUCUGAUUAAGUACAGUGACAUUGUCAUUGGGCAAAAGCCUCUCCACUUUUCCACCCCCUCUUCGAGAGCAACCAGAGAGGAGACCUGGCUUACUGAAACAAGGCUGGGCCUACCAGCCAGUGGGGCAGAAUCACUCACUCUUCUGCCUUCUGAUGAAAGUGGGCCUCAAGCCUUAGCUAUCCUCAGUGACUCUACUGUGGUAAACAAAACUCCUUAUGACUACCAGGUUCAAGACUCUUGUCAAAAGACAAUUGAAUCAAAGAUCUGCAUUGCGAUGAAGUGUCUGAGCCUUCAUGGGUCAGAUACAAUUGACAGACCCAAAGAACUGAAAGGCAGCAUGGUGCAUCAGCCAUCUAAGUCCUCCAGUGACUUAGCCUUGAUGUUAGAUAAGCAGCCAAGGAACAAGGAAGACUGCGUAGAGAGGUUAAUGUAUCCUGUGGAAGAAACAGCACAUCCAGAGUCUGCAAGAAGCCAGAGAGUCACUGAAGAACUUUAUCAUCCUGGGAUGAAAUUUGCAGACCUACCCCAUAGAGAAAGUUACAACAUGGACCUCUAUUCAUCAGAUCACUUCAGUAACAUCACUGGGUGCAAAUAUCCCACUCCUGGUCCAAGUUAUGGCAGACAUCUAGAAGUUGUUCCAAUUGUGCGUGAAGCAGAAGGGUAUUUAAAGCAUGUCGGAGAACCACCUAUUUCCACCUGUCCCAUUCCCUCUGAGGCUCAGUACUGUGGUGACAUUCCAGCAUGUAUUCAGUGUAGGCAAGAAGGAUGUCCCCUCCACUCAUCUUUGGCAGACUUGGAUACUCGUGCGGUGCAUAUGAGCGAACCGAGCCUAGAUAGUUAUGUUGUUAUUAACAAAGAUAACUAAAAAGUCACUCCCUGGGAGCUUGGGACUAACAAGUCAGGGUUUAUUGAGUUGCAGCUACAGCAAGAUUUGUCAUAUGGUCUCUAAGAGCAUCAGGGUGUCUGCUAGAUCCCUGCCCUCUCAUCAAAUGGUGAAAUCUUGCAAGAGGUUAUCAUGUGAUAUUUCGUAGGACUUUAAAAGUGCUCAGCUAAGAUCUCAUGAGAUUUUUAGCAUCCUCUUACUGUGAGACCAUAGAAAGCAUAUUACCAUUUUUUUAUUAUUUUAGU